AUGAGUCUAAUGACAAAAAGAAUAAUAAAAGAGCUUGAAUAGCUUAGAAAUGAUCCACCAUCAUCAUUUGUGGCUUAAUGCAUUAAUAACAACCUUUAUGAAUGGCAUUUUACAAUUAGAGGUCCAGAAGAUUCAGAUUAUUCAGAAGGGAUUUAUCAUGGAAAAAUAGAGCUUCCUGUUGAUUAUCCAAUUAAACCUCCAAACAUUUUUUUUCUUACUCCAAAUGGAAGAUUUGAAGUAAAAACAAAAAUUUGUUUGAAUAUAACUAAAUUUCAUCCUGAAAAUUGGAAUCCUAGUUGGACAAGUAAUAUUAUUAUAUAUAUUUAUUUAGUUAGAACUAUGAUAGAAGGAAUAAUAUAACAUUUCCAUGUGAAAGAUUUUGCAGUAGGUUCAAUUCAAUAUACAUCUAAUUAAAUAAAAAGCUUAGCUUAAGCAAGUCAUAAAUGGGAAUGUGAUUUAUGUGGUCCAAUUGUUAAAUUAAUUUCUCCUAAAAUAAAACAAGAAAAAAAAGAGGAAUAGCCAUAAUCUAAAAAAGAUGAAUAAUUUUAAGUUAGAAAUGAUGAUUAAAAGACUGAAAAUUCAAGCACAUAAAAUACGAAAAAUUAAGAUCAGGAUUAAUUUAAAUCUCAAUAAACAAAAGAAUAGGUAUAAUAAUAAUAAAGUUAUUUGUUUAAAUAAACAGAAUAAAAAUAAAAGAAAGAAAGUGAUAAAAGAAAAGAGAUAUAAAAGAAUGAUUAUUCUGAUGAUGAAUAAGAAAUUCCUAUGACUAAAAAAUAGACUGUAGAAUUAGAAAAGCUUCUUUGGAAAGCUAUGAAUCCAGAUAUAUUGUAAGCUCAUUUUUAAUUAAGAACUUAACUUUAAUAAACAGAUAAUCUUCAUCCAUAAUAACUCUAAUAUUUUGAUUAAAGUAAUUAUUAUAUAUGAUUUAAUAAUUAGUUUAUAAAAUGAUGGAAGAAGAAGAGAAAGUAUAAAAGUCUUUAGUGCUUAAUAAAUAAAAAGAAGAAGAUAUUAAUAAGAAAGAAGAUGAGAAUGAAAUUGAAAAACCAUAAACAAAUAAAUAAAAUAAAUAUUCAUCUUAGAUUAUGUUGAUAAAUAUAAUUCUAUUGACUUUAAUAUUUGGAAUUGUAUUUGUAAAUUUUGGAGAAUUAAUUGAAUAGAAAACUUAGGAAUGGUUAUUAGUUAAAUGA